ACUUUGUUAUUCUCAAAGCGCGGAAUCUUUUUAGUACCGGAGACCAGAUGUAUAGUAGGCCACCUUCAGGGGAUUUGGAAUGAUCAGGGCGGUGUGGGCCGAGGAUCGUGAUGUGGAUGUUGGGCUGCGCGGUGAGAGGAGUAGUUCGCGUGUGUAUCGUUCACUGGAUGUCUACUUGGGCAGCAGUUCGGGCAGUGGAGAACACGCAGCUUGGCUUCUGGGCGUCGCUAAAUAUGUUGAUCGUGAACUCGGCGAUGCAGUCGAACCCUCGUUGGCGUGUCAUGCAGACUAGGCUAUUGUGGCUUGCGCUCAUGGUUACUCCUUGGUUUGGUUAUCACAGGAAUACGAUAAUGCGUGUACGUCACUAACACUGAAGUUAGGCACCUGCAUUUGGCUGACCGGAUUGCCAGGCUAUUGGAACAGAGUUAGAGGCGUAUGUAGCGUUGAGCCAGUUGAUGGGCGUAGGGCUAUUGUCUGGAUAGAGUCGUGGCGGGGCGCGU